UCGAACACAUAGAGCUUAAACCCAAGCUCCAACACCAUUGAGUCCUAAUGCUAAAGCUCCUCCCAUGGCGUCCAUCGCCUCCCAAAACCCAACCAAUUUUCAACACCUCUCGCCUCUUCUCCCACUCUCUCCGCCGCCACGACGACGGCGACGACGACCCUCCUUUCUCUCCAAUCUCCAAACCCCAACAACCCACGAAGAAGAAAAACAACAAGAAGAAGAAGGAUCCUGAACCGAGUCCAAGUCCGAAGAAAGCUCCGACCAAACCUCUGAAGUCGGACCUUCCCUUCGACUUCAGGUACUCGUAUUCCGAGACCAAUCCCUCCGUGGAGCCCAUCGGGUUCCGAGAAUCCCCUAAGUUCUCUCCUUUCGGACCGGGCCGGCUCGACCGGAAAUGGACCGGCACCGCCGCCCCGGCCCAAGGGGAAGUUGACCGGGUUAAGGUGGCGGAGGAGCGGAGACGGAUUCUCGGAGAGCCGCUUACGGAGGAGGAAGUUUCGGAGCUGGUCGAACGCUACCGCCAUAACGACUGUGCUCGCCAAAUCAAUUUGGGGAAGGAGGGAGUCACUCACAACAUGUUGGAUGAUAUCCAUAACCAUUGGAAGCGAGCUGAAGCUGUGAGGAUCAAGUGUUUGGGUGUGCCAACUCUUGAUAUGGACAAUGUCUGCUCUCACCUUGAGGAAAAAUCUGGCGGGAAGAUUAUUUACCGGCACAUCAAUGUCCUGCUCAUAUACGGGGGUCGGAACUACGAUCCCAAGAAUCGGCCGGUUAUACCUCUGAUGAUGUGGAAGCCCUAUGCACCCAUUUACCCAAAGCUUGUGAAGAAUGUUGCUGAUGGCUUAACAUUUGAGGAAACCAAGGAGUUGAGAAACAGGGGACUAAACUCUCACCCCCUUAUGAUACUUACCAGGAAUGGCAAUUAUGUGAAUGUUGUGGAGAGAGUAAGGGAGGCGUUUAAGACCGAAGAGGUAGUGAGACUCGACUGCAAACAUGUUGGUACCACUGACUGCAAAAGGAUAGGCGUGAAACUAAGGGAUCUGGUACCCUGUGUGCCUAUAUUAUUCAAGGAUGAGCAGAUCAUACUCUGGAGGGGAAAAACAGAUAAUGACAAGACUGAUGAGGAUUGAUGGAAGUUAAUACAUUUAUAUGCUGAAAAAUGAUUGGUCCAUUAUUCAAGAGUUUCCUGAACUAGGGCUUCCAACUUCCAUGUCAGCUCGUGGAUGCAAUUGCUGAUUCGCCCGGCACGAUCAGAGAGACUGAGAAAUUCAACCGAGUCAACCUUGUUAGUUUUAUGGUGCCAAAAGAAUCUUCCUCAGUUCAUGUCUCUUCUCAGCAACACAUC